AUGUUUCCACGCAGCCACCAGCUCCUGCGCACAUUGGCGCGUCACAGUGUCGCUUCUAUCUCCUCUUCCGCUGCUCGUUCUUUGCAUGCACAUACUACAAUAGCAAGUGCAUCUACUCGUGUAAAAGAUUACACCAAGUCGCCGUUCUUGGCUCGUCACGGCGCCUUUCGCUCGAUGUUCAUCCAGACGGAGCCGACGCCCAAUCCACAAAGCGUCAAAUUCCUUCCUGGUCGCGUGAUAUUGGACGAACGGUUUACAACGGGCGUCGACUUUACGCCUCAAUCUAAAGAAAUUCGUCGGUCGACGUUGGCCAAGAAAUUGUUUCAGAUUGAAGGAAUUACGCGCGUAUUUUUUGGCAAGGACUUUAUUUCUGUCACGAAAUCGGAGACUGAAGACUGGGAUGCUUUAAAUGCAGAGAUUUUUGCAACCAUGAUGGACUUUUUUGCAUCCGGUGAGGACGUCAUGUCGGACGAGCCGAUCAUUACGGACACGACGAUCUUGCCUGAUGACGACGAAGUGGUAGCCAUGAUCAAGGAGUUGCUAGAGCAGCGCAUUCGGCCUUCAGUGCAGGAUGAUGGCGGUGACAUUAUCUACAAGGGCUUUGACGAAAAGACAGGGAUGGUGAUCGUCCAGCUUGCAGGCUCAUGUGCAGGCUGCCCGAGUUCCUCUGUCACGCUCAAAAAUGGCGUGGAAAACAUGCUGAAGCACUACAUUCCGGAAGUGCGCGGUAUUGAAGAGUGGGUUGACGAAAAGUUGAAUGCAGUGAGUGACAAGGAGUUUCGUUCGCUCGAAGAGAAAUUGCGCUCCGUUGGUAUCCCUAGCGAGUAA